AAUGACCCGAGUAACAUGUCGCUGGUGAAGGAGACGGUGGACAGGCUCCUGAAGGGCUACGACAUCCGCCUCAGACCCGAUUUUGGAGGCCCCCCGGUGGCUGUGGGGAUGAACAUUGACAUCGCCAGCAUCGAUAUGGUGUCGGAAGUCAACAUGGAUUACACCUUGACCAUGUACUUCCAGCAAGCCUGGAGGGACAAGCGGCUGUCCUACAACGUGAUACCCUUGAACUUGACCUUGGACAACAGAGUGGCAGACCAGCUGUGGGUGCCCGACACCUACUUCCUGAACGACAAGAAGUCGUUCGUCCACGGUGUGACGGUGAAGAACCGCAUGAUCCGCCUGCACCCAGACGGCACGGUCCUGUACGGCCUCAGAAUCACAACCACGGCUGCCUGCAUGAUGGACCUGAGACGGUACCCACUGGACGAACAAAACUGCACGCUGGAAAUCGAGAGCUAUGGGUACACCACCGAUGACAUUGAGUUUUACUGGCGAGGCGACGACAACGCCGUCACCGGUGUCACGAAGAUCGAGCUCCCGCAGUUCUCCAUUGUGGACUACAAGCUCAUCACCAAGAAGGUGGUGUUCUCCACGGGUUCCUAUCCCAGACUGUCCCUCAGCUUUAAGCUGAAGAGAAAUAUCGGCUACUUCAUCCUGCAAACGUACAUGCCCUCCAUCCUGAUCACCAUUCUCUCCUGGGUCUCCUUCUGGAUUAAUUACGAUGCCUCAGCAGCUCGUGUGGCAUUAGGAAUCACAACUGUCCUUACAAUGACCACCAUCAAUACCCACCUCCGGGAAACCCUCCCUAAAAUCCCCUAUGUGAAGGCCAUUGACAUGUACCUCAUGGGGUGCUUUGUCUUCGUGUUCAUGGCCCUGCUGGAGUAUGCGCUGGUCAACUACAUCUUCUUCGGGAGAGGACCCCAACGCCAGAAGAAAGCAGCCGAGAAGGCUGCCAGCGCCAACAGUGAGAAGAUGCGCCUGGACGUCAACAAGAUUUUUUAUAAAGAUUUUAAACCAAAUGGGACCCAAUAUCCGUCCUUGUGGGACCCCACUGGAAACCUCUCCCCAGCUAGACGGACUACCAAUUACGAUUUCCCUCUCUAUACGAUGGACCCUCAUGAGAAUAUCCUACUGAGCACCCUUGAGAUCAAGAACGAGAUGGCCACCUCCGACGCGGUGAUGGGCCUGGGGGACCCCCGGAGCACCAUGCUGGCCUACGACGCCUCCAGCAUCCAGUACCGGAAAGCCGGCCUGCCCAGACACAGUUUUGGCCGAAACGCGUUGGAGCGACACGUGGCGCAGAAGAAGAGCCGGCUGCGGCGACGGGCCUCCCAGCUGAAGAUCACCAUCCCCGACUUGACUGAUGUGAACGCCAUUGACCGGUGGUCCCGCAUCUUCUUCCCGGUGGUUUUUUCUUUCUUCAACAUCGUCUACUGGCUUUAUUACGUGAACUAAAACAUGGCCUUCCCCCGCCACCACCCCCCCGGGAAGCAAAGACUAGAUCCCUCCUCACCACAGUUGUACAGACUGACGUAGGACUUGGAAAACACAUCAAUCCAGGACAACAAUGAUGCAAAAAUACCUUAGUUGCUGGCCUCUCCCGUGGUCCAUUCCAUAACCAUCCGGGUUGCUUCCGCUAAGUGACGGACGGACCAGGUCCCUGAGGUUUUCCACUUGCAAACACAAGGGAUAGGUGCCUCCGCUGGCCAGAGCGAGCCGGAAGG